AUGCCUGCGACUCAGGGAGACCCCCCUGCCCUCCCGGCCACGGCCGAGGAGGUCAGAGACUUUGAUACAUUCACCUCUGUGAUCAACAAGCUGACUUCAUGUGUCAGCUCAGCAAUAAAUGAGGGAAAAAGUGUAACUGCGGUGAAUAAACGCCUGAUUAGUCUGGCCAUGGAGGAAAUCCGCCGGGCUGCCCGAACCCUAAACAGUGUUAACACCAUCGCCUCUCCCAGCGCAUCAGCUCUGGGGGAAAUUAAAGAAGAAAUCGUGGCCUGUGUCCGCGAGGAGAUGACUGGUUUAAGGAAACUGGUCAACACAGUGAAAAAACCAACCUACGCCCAGGCUGUCUCUGCGGCCAGUGGGGCUUCUACAUCUGUGGGAGGGCCUGCCCCCGCACCGUACCAACUAUCUCAAAGCCUGCCGAACUCCACUUAUGCACCGACUAGGGUUCAACCCGUAUCCAACAACAAACUCCGCGUGGAGUUUGAAAAUGUCUCAAAAAGGGAUGACACGCUCACAAGGCUAGAGAAUAGCAAGGAUGUCAAAGCAGAACCCGUGCGUAUGCUUAAACCCAUGGUUAUUCUUAAGGGCAUAUCCAAGGAUGUUCCCUCGGAGGACCUGGUUAAGUUGAUCAGCAAGCAAAACCCUGAGAUAUCCCAUUUGAUUGAGGGUGAGGGUCGUGACGGUGAGGGCCUCCGACUCCGCUUUAAGCGAGGUAAUCGCAAUAGUAAUCUAUAUAACGCGGUGUUCCUGGCAGAGGCCAAGUGCCACAAGUGUCUUCAGUUCGGACACAUGAGGUCCAAAUGCACCGCCACCGAAAGUCUUUGCUCGCACUGUGCUGGCUCCGACCACCAGGUGGACAAAUGCCCUGUGAAAAAUGAGCCUGGCAGCGUCAAGUGCUAUAAUUGCACUUCUCACAAUGCCAGAUUUAAAUCCAACCAAGACUGCAAACAUACCGCUAAUUCCGAUAAAUGUCCCAGACUGCGAGCCAUGAAAGAUAAAAUAAAUCAAAGAGUCGACUAUGGAUUUGCACCAUAA